AUGGACAGGCUCUCGGUUAUGUGGGAAAGGUUUUCACUCUCGGAUGCUGAAGGGAGUAGUUUCGUGGUGCAGGAUAGCAUGGAAGAGGGUGAGUUCUUUGUAGCAACAAGAUUUUAUACUAGACGAGUUCUUAAUAUGGAGGCAAUAGCACGUACCUUUAAGAUGCUGUGGAGGACUAGGAAGGGUUUUGAAGUACGGGACAUGGGGAACCAUAGAGUUCUUUUUGUUUUCUUGGACAGGGCAGAUGUGGAUCACGUUAUUCUGGGUGAGCCUUGGGCCUUUGACAAACACCUUGUGGCACUAAAAGAGGUGGAGAAGCAUGCUGAUAUCAGAAACCUUGUCUUUGAUCAUACAAAUAUGUGGAUUCAGAUUCAUGAUGUGCCUUUCGGUCUCUCUUGGAAGGCAGCAAAAGAUAUUAUUUCUGUGGCUGGAAAGGUGGAUGAAAGUAUACAGGAGGAGGAAAAGUUUGAGGGCAGCAACUUUCUGCGUUUUAGGGUGGCUGUUGAUGUGUCCAAGCCGUUGUGCAGAGGAAGGAAAAUUGUUUUGGGUAAUGGCAAGGAGAGCUGGGUGAGUUUUAAAUAUGAGAGGUUACCAAACCUCUGUUAUUGGUGUGGGAAGUUGACCCAUAUGGAUAGGGAAUGUUCUAUUUGGACGAAGAGGAAGGGUCCUUUAUUAGAAACAGAGCAACAAUUUGGCUCGUGGUUGAGAGCCACUACUCCUAACCUUGCAAGGAAAACAGUGGUUCGAGUAGCAAGUUUUGAGAAAGAGGGGAAUGGGGUUGGUGAUCAAAGCACGGUCAAAACUCCAGGAGGGUGA